AUGCCGAAUAUUCCACUUGUCAACUCUACCGUCCAGCUUGGAAAACCCCUGUGGUCCGAUAUUUCAAGAACCCCGACCGAAGACUCGUCGGUCACCCUUGUCACCAGAAAAAAUAAACGCCCGCGCGCAUUAAACAGCGACACUGACAACAACAACAUUAAAGCAGAUACAAAUUCAAACAAACGUUCAGCUCCAAAAAUUAUUGGUAAAAAUGAAGUUGACUGCAAACUAAAAGCCGAUAAAGUUCUGUACAACAAACGUGUCUACUCAAUGAGUAACAUCCAGAAAUGUUCAGCCAGCGAUGUCAGCGAAUUUUUAUCAUCAUGCGGGAUUAACGUGUUAUCAUGUUACCCGGUAUUUAAAAAUACCGAGCCAUCAAAAGUUCCCCACACCAAUCGUGACAACCAAGAUUCAUCAAUGUUUCGUGUCUGCAUUGACAAAAUAGAUUCUCCUAAAAUCAACGAUCCAAACAUCAUACCCAAAAGAAUGGCAUCUAACAAAAAAGGUGGUAGUGUCGGGAUUUUCAUCAAACAGGGAAUCAGCUAUUCAGUUAACUGCGAAGCCGUACUGGAUGAUGAAGUUAUUGACUUUCUUUCCGUCGACAUCGCAGUUAAUAUGCAUAAUUGCAAUCUACAGACCGCCUAA